AUGGGUGAAGUAGCCUACGAGCUAGAGUUACCUGCAUCGAUGAAUGCGAUUCAUCUUGUUUUUCAUGUAUCAAUGCUACGUGGGUACAAGCCCGACCCUGCUCACAUCAUCUCUCCGGAAGUAGUAGAAAUAAAUGAUGGCUUGACUUAUGAGGAACAACCAGUUGAGAUUCUUGAUAGGCAAGUCCGUAGAUUGAGAGCCAAAGAUAUAGCUUCGGUUAAAGUUUUGUGGCGUAAUCAUGAUGUCGAAGAGGCUACUUGGGAGGCUGCGGAAGAUAUAAAAAUUCGAUACCCCCACUUGUUCACAUCUACAGUAUCGUAA